ACAGAGCCAAUGAGCGUCCGGGAAGCGCAUCCUCUCCUCCAAUCAUUUAGCGUCAAACGCAGUUGCCGGCGCCGGGUCUUUACGGAAACCGCUUGUACCGCAACGCGUAUUUUCUCAAAGUAAAGACUCGACUCACUUUGUGUGCGAUGGGUCGCCGCAAGUCAAAACGAAAGCCCCCUCCGAAGAAGAAGAUGACGGGGGAUCUGGACUCCCAGUUCACCUGUCCCUUCUGCAAUCACGAGAAGUCAUGUGACGUCAAAAUGGAAAGAAGCAGAAAUACUGGAAUCAUAUCAUGCACAGUCUGCUUGGAGGAGUUCCAAACCCCCAUCACCUAUCUGUCGGAGGCAGUCGACGUGUACAGUGAUUGGAUAGAUGCCUGUGAAGCGGCCAAUCAGUAGCCCCUGUGGAGCUGGAUGACUUCCAGGAACUUGGAUGAGGACGGGGCCCAUUAGGAUUGAGCUGGUCAGAGGACAGUUGAGAAUUAAAAAAAACAUUUUCUGCGGUUUCUCUCUGGUCACUUAGAGAUUUUCAGUUUUUGUGAACCGCUGUAAAAAGCGCCACGACACCUUUUUUUACGUGACCUGAUCUGUUGUCACACAUUGAACAGGACCUUCUAUUUUCAACAAAUUGUGUCCCAAAAAUUCUCUUUAAAUAUUCGGCAUUGUUGCGCUCACUUUUGUUUUUUAACCACUAAAAAUUGUUAAUUGCCAAAACAUAUUUUUCUAUUGGCAACCUAUUGUAUUGUGAAAUCAAAUCAAUAGAGUGUCAACUUUUUUCCAAGAGCAUUACGAGAAAGAAACAUGUGCGGACCUCGUUCUCCAGACACUGAUAUUUCAGGCGUGAUGUUACUGGUCGGGUCCACAGUCCUCAUGAAGACACUCGUGUCAGAACAUUAGGUCAUUCCACUGGUUAGAGGAAUGAUAAUGUGUGAGAUUAACACUUAGCUGCUGAAACCAAAGGUUUUGAAUUGCUCUUGAAUCAUUCAGUUAUCCAUUUGAUUUUAUGUGUGGUUUUACACGGACAAAUAAAACAAAUCUUUGUUAUGAAGAGCAUAUCUACCGAAUAGUUUAAUCUAAUCCUGAAAUCAAACGUUAAUAUUGGCUGUUUAUUUACCUAUGCAACAGCCAGUAGUGUUGAAAAGCAGGUUGUUUUUUCUUUAAUGUAAAGCACUUGAAGUGUGAUCUUGAAAAUAAAGAAGCAAUAACUCUUGAUUUCA